UCCACCAAUCAGAGGCGAGCACUUUUACACAAAGUUGCACCAAAGCUCAUCUCGCUGGGGAGCCUUUGCUUAAAGCAUGCCAAGCCAUUUUGGAUUUAGCCAUGCGCCCGUGGCUGGUGGCCUGUUGCUAACUUGCUAUACGGGAAGCCACUGCAGUGCAGGACUACUGCACGGUCGAGCAGCAGGGUACACGGCAGUAGGGUACUGUGGAGUGAGUGAGAUUGAGCCACCGAGAGCCUUAUACCAGCCGUGGCCAUGGCGAGAUCACCGACCGACUUACACUGUUACACCCCACUCUAGCUUGCAAGGUUUAGCACCCAAGCGCCCGGAGAAAUGGGUCUCGCCGGCGGCAUUGUCCGGAGAAUCUUCUCCAAGAGCCCAUGCUCAUCGACUCGCGGCCGUGGUCACAAUGAGAAGGGCUCUGCUGAUCACAGGAGACGAUGGAGCUCUCUCCGGCUGUACCUCUGCGGAGAGGAGAUCAACGCAGCUCCAGAGGACGACGAUGACGACGGGACGGUCUCUGCCAGGAGCUUCGAGACCUGCGUGAUGACGCAGGAGGCGCACGUUCAGGUGGUUCAACCGAGCGACGUGCGCAACGCCGACGACAACCCUGGGGAGCCUGCUGAUCAGAGGAUUCCCGGUGAGCACAGCCACGUCGUGCCAGCAGAACCGGUCGGGAAGGAGGAAGCGGCAACGCUGAUCCAAUCUGCAUUCAGGGGACUCACGGCGAGGAAGCAGCUGCAGGAGCUGAAAGGAUGCAAAGAAAGCAGGGGCCGCACGGACGAGAACAGGAGCUUCGCUUCAGCGUCCGUUGCAGCGUCGGUGCAAGUCCAGGUAGGUGAGUCGUUGAGCGACCUCCGGCUAAGCGAGGACAGCGCGUCGGUGCAGCAGCGGGCGAGCCAGAAAUCGCGGCCGCCACCAGUGUUCAGAGUGAAGGAGGAGUGGGACGACAGCACGGUGAGCUCCAACGUGUCAAGGAUGAGGAUCCAGAGCAGGAUCGAGGCGACGACGCGGCGCGAGAGAGCCCUCGCCUACGCCUUCUCGCAGCAGCUGAGGAGCUGCGGUGGCACGAAGAAGCGGUCGGCGCGGCCGGAUCAGGCGGAGCUCAACGUGGGGUGGAGCUGGUUGGAGCGGUGGAUGGCGACGCGGCAGGCCGAGCAGGCGGCGGACGACUGCAUGAGCCGCAACACGGACUCGGGCUCGGCGCGGCGGGUGGUGGUCAUCAGGAGGCGCCACGACCUCGCCGUGGAGGAGAAGGAGAGCUGCGGGUCCAACGACGUGUCGCUGUCCGCCGUCAGUUUCGACGGCUCCAGCGGCGGCAUGCUGAGCUGCCACAAGCAAGGCGGCAGGAACCGGCUCAAGGGUGCCAGGAACCUGCCGCGCCGCAAGGUGGCGUCGUCGGACCACCGCCUCCAAGCAAGAUCACACAAGGUGAGCAAGAAGGGGCACCAGCGAGAGGAGGAGCUGCACAAGGACCAAGCCGAGACCGACGGCUUCGACGCUUGGCAACCUCCAACGGAUUACUGAGACGGACACCGAAACAUGCGAUGAUCUGUUGUACAUAUAGUAUGAUUUGGUUUGGAUUGCAACGCCAACGCCGGAUCGCAGUCAACUGUCGCGGAAUCCACCUCAAGUAACUGACGGUUUGUUUGGGUUGGCUUGCAACGGUCUGAGAAGACUGGCGAGUUCGUGUUGAGUCUACAUCUUCUACAAGUUGUCCUAUGCUGCGUCGGUCAUCUAAAGUUACUCGCUAAAUGUGGUAUCAGAUGUCGCUGUCCCAAGCUCAGCUUCUGCACCUCCCAACCAAAAUCUGCUGUGCAAUUUUCCUGCAUUUUCAUUGAUUAACGGCACAGCCGAAGAGAACGCAUCAUGACGAAAGCCCCACGAUGAACGAGCUGCUAGAGGGCAAUA